AUGCAAACAGCCACCACCUUCGAGAACUGGAACUACUUUAAGUCAAGCCCAGAACCGAACCUCAAGACCAGAGGGCGGGGCCAAGAAUUAAGAACGUUAUCUAGUCCAUCAAGGCAGGGACUUAGGCCCAAGGGGCAGAGCCAAGAACUGAAAGGCGGGCCUCCAUCUAGGUCUGCAGGGGUGGAGCCUCAAACGGAGGCGCGACCAGGCCUCUGGGGGCGGGACCAAGCCAAGAAGGUGGCUUCGGCGUCGAGGAGCCGCGGGGUCUGCCCGCCGACCUCACUGAACCACAUAGCGGUGGUGGUGGACCAAGGCUCGGGCUUCACCAAAGCGGGCUUCGCGGGCGAGGACCAGCCGCGCCUGGUGCUGAAGAGCUCCAGCCUGGUGCCCAGCUGGGACCGGCCCGUGCUACCCGGAGCGCCGGGCUGCGAGUUGGCAGGCGGCGUGGCCAGGGCGCACCCCAUCAAGCACGGUGAGGUGGUGGACUGGGAGGCGCUGGAGGGCCUGUGGGAGCGCCUGCUGAUAGGGGGCCUGCAGGUGUGCCCAGAGCAGUGGCCAGUGCUGGUGAGUGACUCGCCGUCAGCGCCACCUUCAAGCCGCGAGAGGGUAGCUGAGCUGCUCUUCGAGGCCCUGGAAGUGCCCGCGUGCCACAUGGCGAGCACAGCGUUGUUGGCACUCUGCUCCACCGGAGCAUUCAGCGGGCUGGUGGUGGAGGCGGGCGCCGGUGUGUGCCAUGCCACGCCCAUCUAUGCAGGCCACUUGUGGCAAAAGGCCACCUUCCGGAUGGAUGUGGCAGGCACCACCCUGUCGCGCUACCUGCGGGACCUGCUGGUGGCAGCAUGCCCUGAUCUACUGCAGCAGACCCUGCCCCGAAAGGCCAUCACACAGCUCAAGAAGCGCUGCUGCUAUGUGUCGCUGGAUUUUGAGGGUGACCUCCAUAACCCUGCCCGCCACCAUCCAGUCAGUUUCUACUUAGGCAAUAGGUGUUCUGUCUGCCUCAGCAGUGAGCGCUUCCGCUGUCCGGAACCCAUCUUCCGGCCUGGUCUGCUAGGCCAGUCUGAGCCAGGACUGCCCACACUGGCCUUCCAGGCACUGCAAAGGGUGCCUGCAACACUGAGGACACGGCUGGCUGACACCGUGGUGCUGGCCGGUGGCUCCACACUUUUCCCUGGCUUCACUGAGCGCCUGGAGAUGGAGCUGGAAGCCCAGUGCCAGCGGCUUGGCUCUGGGGCACUGCAGGCACGCCUCGUGGCCAAGCCUGGGCGUGGCACAGCAGUGUGGACAGGUGGCUCCAUGGUGGCCUCGUUGCACUCCUUCCAACGCCGCUGGAUGACCCGGGCCCUGUACCAGGAGUAUGGUUCCAGGCUAGUGCACGAAGUGUUCAACUGAGUCAUGUUGGACUAGAGCGGGUGGUGCCACCAGAGGUGGUGCCACCAGAGGGCUGUAGAGGCAGAGGUUUGAUGGGCUGAGCUGAAGUUCUAUUAGAGGCAUUGAAUGCCAGAUAAAAGUCUCA